AGGGGGAGGGAUGGGGAAGAGAUGGAAAAAUCUCAAACUUUGCAAUGAAUUUCUUGGAUCUUCCAGGCAGCUAUUAAGGGAUCUCACUAUGAACUGAAAUUGAGAUUGGUUUGUUCUCUGUGCAAAGACAUUCUCCAUCUUUGCCCCUUACUCAAUAUGUCCAGAGUGUAAAUACUUUCAAAAGUGUGUAGUGCUUUAGGAGCUAAAGUCCCAAUGACUUUCAGCAGAACUUGGAUGCCUCAGUCACUUAGGUGGUUUUGAAAAUUUUACUGACAGUGGCUGGGAGAAGGCUGGUGCUGGGAAUGGCGUUAUGAAUUUCCAGCCUUUCAGACAAUGAGGCUGAGAUUUUAAAAGCUGUCUCAGAAAUCUGGACGCCUGGCAAAUUCCUGUUUGAAAAACACCUUUUUACUUGUUAACUUUAUUUGCCAUAUAUAACAAUUUAUAGGUAAUUUUCAAAAAACCCUUAACUUCAAGCAAACAGUUUUUAUUCAGGGAUAGUUAUCUGUGAUGAAUAGUCCCUUAAAUGUAUAUUCACUAAAUGUCCCAAUUAAGCAAAGUACUUAAGAAUCUGCUUAAUUUCUUUGCUGAACUAAGCCCUAAAAACUUGUGUUCUUAAGAAUACAGAAGUGGCCAGUGCAAAUCAGAUCAGGGCCCACCUACCCUGGGAUUCUGUCUCUGACCUGCACUGCCAGCUGCUUCAAAUGAUGUGAGAAACCCCUAGUGGCAAGUGAUGGGGGACCUGUAACCCCCUGCCCACCUGUCACAGGAAGGAGGGGGGGGCGGGAUAUAGAGCUAUCUCAUGGAGCCAGGAAGCCCUGAUCUCUGGGUCCAGGUUUCUCUAUACAGUAUCUGAUGUGUGUAAAAUAUUACAUGUAACAACAGGGACAAGAGAAGUUGGGUCACUUUCCUCACAAGCAGCCAGCCCCUGUGCUGUGCUCCGCUUAGCAUCUUAAGGAAAAAAAAACCUCUCAAAAACAGUCAUAACACCAGUGAGGGGGAUAUUACUUGUAUCUUGACUAUUGCACAUUAACUUUUGUGACUCAGGAUUAAUUCACAUUGUCUUACUUUCCAGUGGAACAUGAGGCAAUGGCAGAACAAACACGUGACAUAACCCAAAGAUUCACAGCCAAACUCCAGGCUGAGAUCAUUACAGGGCGGAGAAGCGCACAGCUCUACGCAGUGGAUGUGACUCUGGAUCCCAGCACAGCAAAUCCCUACCUCGUCCUGGCUGAGGAUCGGAAACGUGUGACACGCCGAGACGAGCGCCAGGAUCUGCCUGACAAUCCGGAGAGAUUUGAUACUAUGGCGAUUGUCCUGGGCGCUGAGGGAUUCACGAGCGGGAAACGUUACUGGCAGGUGGAGGUUGGAGGAAAGAAUCUCUGGACUCUUGGGGGUCUGUAGGGAAGCUGUGCGCAGGAAGGGGCAUAUUGUAUAUCUAUUGGAGAAUGGAUACUGGACAAUAUGGCAGCGUGCUGGGCAAUGCAAGGCCAAUACCUCCCCCGCGACCGUCCUGCCCGUGAGUGUCACGGCCAGACGAUUGGGGAUUUUCCUGGACUAUGAGGCGGGCGAGGUCUCCUUUUACAAUGUGACUGACAAGUUGUGACAAUGCGGUUCUGGCGGGACCCAACUGAGAGUGCCAAAUUAGGACCAAUUGCUCA